GUUGACAACAUAGGACAGACUUUCUUUUGGUUUGAGGUUCAUUCAAGUGUCGAGUCAGAGAGCGUUCACUUGUUUCUUCAGAAAACAAACGGACCAUCAAUUCUUCAAGACACAACAAGAUUUCAUCAACUGCUGAGAAAAAUCACCAUGUCGGAACAACCAGCACAGAGCAAAGCAGGGUGUUCUGCCAGAUCAAUGCACAUGCCUGAUACUCUGCAUAUUGAUCUGCCGCAUGCUGAUCUGGACGACGUCUGUUUAAUCAUCGGUGAAUGUUUGAUACAGCUCACAGCAUUGCAUUGGGACUUAAUAUCAGUCAAUGUGACGAGCUAUGAACUGAUAACCUGGGUAGGAAAUUUGUGCAUGGAUAUUGUCCAGACUCUUGCAGAGGCCAUCCUGGAUGUCAUGAUGCCACAAGUCUACAGAUACAUGAAGACCUACGGCACCUUUUCUCCAACCGUCCUUGAUCUAACUGAGGACCGUAUCCACAACUAUCUGGGGGAUUCUAUUGAACAGGCCCUGGCUGAGUGCAUGCAGAUUGAAGUGCAGGACAUUGCAGACACCCAGGUGUUCUCCCAGUUGCUUCGCAGGCACAUUUCAAAGACAGUCGACUCAGUCUUGGCUUCAACCACACAGACUCCCAUGCUGGAGUUCAGAAAUCCAGUGUUUUAUGUUAGCGGCUGUUACACUUCCAUUAGUGAUCUCAAGAAUAUGGCUUUUGAGCUUAUCAACAUCCUAACUAGAGGUCAUCAGUUAGCUGGAAUGAGACAUGAACUGUCCCCUGAGGUCUUUUUUCCAUGUAACACUGUUAUGAUGUUGAGCCAACUUGUAAGGACUUACAUCACUCGCAAUGUGAAUGUUCUACGGAGAAGAGCUGAAAUGCCAUACUUCCCAAUUACCUCAAGCAACCAUAGAGACUUUCUUCUUAGAGUUGGCAGAAACAUACAAAUGUUGACUAUAGAAGAGAGUGAAUCACCUAUACCUGACAGCCAAAUUAUGAUAACUGCCACAGGGAUCAACAAAUCUCCUUAUUUAGAUUUCGACAAGAUGGAUUCUAUUAGGGAAAUUACUGACAACCUGAUAGAAACAUUCUUAAAAAGCAGUCAGUCAAAGGAAGCACUCGAGCUAGAGGACAAAGUUAAGCUAAAAGAAAUCACAGACAGACUCUUCAGUGUGGUGAUGAUGGGGCGUGACUACCCGAUUACGAUACUGCCAGCCGGAACACGUUUGUGCAACACAGUGAUCUAUAGAGAGCUACGGAGAGGGAUCUACACAAACUCAGGCCUUGUCGCUCACGCUCUUUACAUGAGGACAGAGGAAGUUAUUUAUCGUUGUGCUCUACAGAUUCUCCUGUGGUCAGCACUACUCACACCAGUGAAUUCUGAUGAUCCAUACACUUCAGACGAGGACUCUCUGAUAUAUAUCUCUGAGUAUUGCCAUGUAGUUGAAGGAGGAGACAAUCUACCAAUAACAUCACCUGGCCCGAGUUCACUUUUUUCUCACGGCUCCUACAACACAUAUGAAAUUUCCUUGCGAGAGGGCAUGGUAUUGACAUCACAGGGUCCCAGUUCCAAUAAUAAUAAGCCGACAGCCAAGAAAAGGAUCUGCAGUUUCUUCAAGAAGUGUAAAAAGCUGUGUUGCAAUAAAACUUCCCCCAUCACGCCAGUCACCUCUCAACUCAGUGACAAAGAAAACAGCCGUUUGAGUACAGAUAAACCAGAGAUAGGCCAAACAGAGCAACGCCAGUUUCCAGUCAUCAGGCGGAUAGCUGCCUCUGCCAGCAGCAUGUGCUCCUCCAUCAGGAAGAAAUUUUCCUGUUUUACAAGAGCCUUGCGAAGACCCUUCAGCGCUUGCGUCAGCCCAGGAGAGGAGAGGAGACCAACGCCAACUGGAGGAGAGGAGACCAACACCGGCUAA